AUGGCUAUUCGCUCAAACAUUGUUGCCUCUUGGCGACAGUGCUUUGUAGUUGUUGCUGCGCUGAGCUGUUUGGCGCGCGCGAGUCCAUCCGUCAAUGUUGCACUACAGGCUUCAUUUGAUUCAGCACCAUAUCUUCUAGAACUACUAGAGACGACUGCAGAAGAGAAUUCGACAGCAUAUUUCCCACUCCUUGAUCGCAUCGCAGAGGGAACCUUUGAUGAUACAACCACGGAAAAGGAGCUCUAUGAUCGGUUUCUACAAGUCGUCCAUGAUGAUGGACACCUCAGCACCCCGGAACUCCUCUCGUCUUUCAAGUUGUCUCUGGCAAUCCGAUCCGCUGCCCCUCGAAUCUCCGCUCAUUACCAAUUCUACAAUGCCUCGGUCCAACACUCUUUGAUGGCCGCGCAGGAUGCGGCGUGCCCGGUAUGGGUUCACUCGGAAGGAAAGCAAUACUGCUCCUCCAGUAUGGAACGUGCGCAGCAGGAUAUGUCGGAUGAGGCAGACUCCCGAGAACUCCCCUUUGAUCGAGUGCUAGGAGAUACAUCGCUUCCUCCAGCCAUCCUGUAUGCGGACAUCGCGUCACCGAUGUUCAAGGAUUUCCAUCAUACUCUGACUGGGCUCGUCAAAGAAGGCCAAGUCUCUUAUCGCGUGCGCUACCGACCGCCCCAGCAUUGGAGUUCCCGCCCUCUCUUCGUCUCUGGCUAUGGUGUGGAACUUGCGCUGAAGAGAACGGACUAUAUCGUCAUUGACGACCGUGAUGCUGAGCAAAGAAGUCAGAACACUAUCGCUUCGACCGAGCCUUCCGACGGGGAAGAUUCCCCUGAUGACCUCCGGCCACUAUCUUCGUCGGAAGUCUCGCGACUUGGAAUCAAUACCGCCAGCUACGUGAUGGACAGUGACACGCCUCUGGAUACACUUGUGAAGAUCUCACAGGAUUUCCCUAAAUAUUCCGGGAAGAUCGCGGCCUACAAUACGUCCACGACGUUGUUGCAGCAUAUCCGUGCUAGCCGACUUGACCUGCUUCCUUCAGGCGCCAAUGUCAUGUGGAUCAAUGGCAUCCAAAUCGAUCCUCGCCAAAUUGAUGCAUUUUCCCUUCUGGAUCAUCUCCGCCGUGAAAGAAGAUCGAUUGAUAAGUUCAGGAGCACUGGCCUUUCUGCUCAGGAAGCUGUCGAUUUGCUUUGCCAUGAGUCUCUCGCAGAGACGCUGGCCCAAGAUGCUCCUUCGCGGUACAACUAUCAAGACGAAAUCGAGGGCGGUGGCGUUAUCAUUUGGAUGAAUGACCUCGAAAAGGACGCCAAGUACCAGUCUUGGCCUAGCGAGGUGUCUGCGUACCUUCAACCCAUCUACCCUGGCCAACUCCCGGCAGUGCGUCGCGAUGCACACAACAUCGUUGUUCCCGUCGAUCUCACCAAUCCUGAAGACAUGGAAUUGAUUGUCAAGACGAUCCAAGUUUUUGUCAAGAAGAAGAUCCCCGUGCGAUUUGGCUUGGUUCCUCUCGCUUCUUCCCCUGAAUCUAUUGCACAGCUCAAAGUUGCGCAUUAUCUCCAAGAGACCUAUGGACUGGCCAGCUUGAUCCAAUAUUUAGAAGAGGCGAGUGACAUUCAGCUUUCCGCUGCCAAAAACAAGAUAGGGUCGCCGGACAAGGCUUGUCUCCAACAUGCCACAAAAGAUCACGAUGUUCGUCCCAAUAAGCAGGUUUUGACACUUGAAGAGAUUUUGAAGAGCGAUGACUUCGAGACACUGGCUUCCCGGGCGGCGAAGUACCAGAGCCGACUCGGAAUUAGAGGUGGCGGCUCACAUCUAUUGGUCAAUGGAGUGUUCAUAGUACGGGACGAGAAAUGGCCUCAGGAGAUGAGUAUGCGUGUUGGCCGGGAUUUGCAGACUAUUCAACAAGGAGUCAUGGAUGGCACUAUCGAUGACGAAAUGUGGCUUCCCCAGCUCUUCCUUUCGCAAGCAUUUGAUCGCCGCAAUCCCUUAAUCGUACCCGAGGAUGCCAAAGAUAUCCGAAUCGUGGAUAUUGCAAAGCUAUCGGAGUCUGGUAAAGGACUCUCUGAAGCUCUUGUCAUUGCAUCGAAAGCUGGGAAUGCAAUCGAUAGUAAGCAUCUGAUUGUUGUUGGUGACUUUGACUCCGCGAAAGGCUUGCAGCUCCUUGUCACUGCUCUUGAGUAUCAGGAGAAAAAUGGUGAGGUGGAAGUCGUUCUAAUCCAUAAUCCCAUCCCUGAACUGGAGACGGAAAGUGGAUCUGCAUUGCUUUACCGUUCUCUGAAGGUCAAUGGUCGAACAGAUGCUGCUCAGGUCCUGGCUGACCUUAAGGCUGCCGAUGCCCCCAUGUCUUCUGAGAAUGAAGCUCAAGAAAUGGCUCAAUUCUGGGAAGCCCAGCAACUAUUGGCAGGAGAACUUGGAUUUUCUCCCGGUGCAAAUGGUAUUGUCAUCAACGGAAGAGCAGUCGGGCCUCUGUUGGAUGAUUCGACUUUAUCGGUAGAGGACUUGGGUCAGCUCUUGGCCUACGAGCAAAGAACAAGAGUCGGUCCUGUCGCAGAUGCAGCAAAGGACCUUGGCUUUGAGUCCAGGCUCUCCAGUCCUCUUGCCCUGGCUAAACUCACUUCGCUUACCGCUCUUUCAACCGUGUCCGAUGUCCCUGAGGGCAUCUUUGAAACGACAUCAAAUGUCAGAACGGAUUUGUUCAAAAAAUGGAAUGAUUCACGCUCUGUAAUCACUGUUUCGAACUCCGACGAUCCAGCAAUCACCAUUGUUGUUUCCAUUGAUCCAACCUCGGAGACUGCCCAAAGAUGGUUGCCAAUUCUGAAGGUACUUUCGGAACUCGCCAGCGUCAGGGUUAGAUUGUCCUUGAAUCCACGUGAUGAGAUCCAGGAACUCCCAAUCAAGCGAUUCUAUCGCUAUGUAUUGGACUCAGAGCCAUCCUUCAGUGACGAUGGAUCUCUUGCAAGGCCUACAGCCACCUUCUCUGGCGUACCGAUGGAAGCACUUCUGACUUUGGGCAUGGACGUUCCGUCUCCCUGGCUCGUUGCACCCAAGGAGUCGAUAUAUGACCUGGAUAACAUCAAACUCAGUACAUUAAAACCAGGGUCUAAUGUUGAUGCCAUCUAUGCACUGGAACAUAUUUUGAUUGAAGGACACUCUCGUGAUCUGACGACCAAGACAGCUCCGCAGGGUGUUCAACUAGUCCUUGGCACCGACGACAAUCCGCAUUUCGCAGACACCAUAAUCAUGGCCAAUCUAGGAUAUUUCCAGUUCAAGGCUCAGCCAGGGCUGUGGAAGAUCAACCUAAAACCUGGUCGCAGUCAGACCAUCUUCAACCUCGACAGCGUCGGUGGCCAAGGUUACAGUCCGCAACCGGGUGAUGAAAACAAUGAAGUUUCACUUCUUUCCUUCCAAGGAAAGACCCUCUUCCCAAGUCUUUCACGAAAGAAAGGCCAGGAAAUGGAGGACGUAUUGGAGACGGGUGCUAAGCCAGGGUCUGCAAUGGACUAUGUAUCCAAGGGCUUUAACUUUGCCCAGGGAGUCCUGUCUAGCGUCGGAGUUGGGUCGAAGCACGGAUCUGAAAAGCAGGCUGAUAUCAAUAUCUUCUCAGUGGCGAGCGGCCACUUGUACGAACGAAUGCUGAAUAUCAUGAUGGUCUCCGUGAUGCGGAACACAAAGCAUUCCGUCAAGUUCUGGUUCAUUGAACAAUUUCUCUCGCCGUCGUUCAAGUCCUUCCUUCCACAUCUCGCCGAACAGUACGGCUUCUCCUAUGAGAUGGUCACGUACAAGUGGCCACACUGGCUCCGCGCUCAACGCGAGAAACAGCGGGAGAUCUGGGGCUAUAAGAUCCUCUUCUUGGACGUCCUCUUCCCACUUUCCUUGGACAAAGUCAUCUUCGUGGACGCAGACCAGAUUGUCCGCACGGAUCUGUACGACCUCGUUUCGCUGGACCUUGAAGGCGCUCCCUACGGCUUCACCCCUAUGUGCGAUUCCCGCGAGGAAAUGGAAGGUUUCCGCUUCUGGAAGCAAGGGUACUGGAAGAACUUCCUCCGUGGUCUUCCCUAUCAUAUCUCCGCGCUUUACGUGGUGGAUCUCAACCGCUUCCGGGCUCUUGCCGCUGGCGAUCGUCUCCGGGGCCAAUACCAGAUGCUCUCGGCUGAUCCCAACAGUCUGAGUAAUCUUGACCAAGACCUGCCAAACCACAUGCAGCAUCAUAUUCCAAUCAAGAGUCUCCCGCAGGAAUGGCUGUGGUGCGAGACGUGGUGCUCCGACGAAUCGCUCGGUGUGGCGAGAACCAUUGAUCUGUGCAAUAACCCGCAAACCAAAGAGCCGAAACUUGAUAGAGCCCGAAGACAGGUGCCCGAGUGGACGGAAUAUGAUGAUGAGAUUGCAACAUUGGCGAAAAAGCUCGCUGAGGAGCAACAGCAGAGGGAGGAGGAGAAACGGUCUGAUGACCGGGAAGAGCAAGAAUCUGACUGGAUAAAGGAUGAGCUCUAG